UCUCCCUCUCUCUCCUCCCUCUCUCCUCCCUCCCUCCCUCCUCUCUCUCUCUCUGUGCCCUUCAGUGUGUCCGAGGCCUUGCCCCUCCCUGUCCUCUGUCACUGUGGAGAUGUUGUGUUUUUCUGGGAUUUCGGUUCAGAUUAAAUCACAGCGAUGACUCUUCUCUCUCCUCCACCCCCCUCUCCCCAAUCUGUCUAUUUUUUCCGCUCAUGAGAGGGAGAGAGAAAGAGGGGGAAGGGGAUAAGAGGAAGGAGGAAAACACAGAAAACAAAUGCAAGCAGUGGGAUGAGGUCAGUGUCCUGGAUGACAGGGGGAAUCUUAUCCGGACCUUUGAGGUCUGCAACGUCAAUCAGAACCCCCGUGUCCAGGACAACUGGCUGGCCACGCCCUUCCUCUUACGCUUCUCGGCACCACGGGUCUUUGUGACGCUGCGUUUCUCGGUGCGGGACUGUGCCAGUCUGCGCUCGCCCUCGCCCUCCUGCCGCGAGACGCUCACCCUCUACUACAAACAGGCCGACUCACAGAGAGAGCUGGAGAGGACAUGGGCUGCAGAGCCAUCCAGUGGAGAGAAGGACACGAGGGAGGGCUGGGUGAAGAUUGACACCAUAGCAGCAGAUAAGAGUUUCACCAAGGUGGAGCCCAGCCUGCCUCACCAGUACCAACCAGACCGCUACCGACGGGUCAAUGUCAAAACCCGCAGCUUCGCUCCGCUCACACGCAAUGGAUUCGUCCUGGCCAUCGUCGACAGUGGCGCAUGCGUCUCUCUCAUGGGUGUGUCCAUCUUCUACCGCCGCUGCCCGGCAACCAAUCUCUAUCUUGCUUCCUAUCCGGCCACACCCUCAGGGGCAGAGCCUACUGCCCUGGUCCCUGUGACUGGGACUUGUGUUCUCCACAGCCAAGCACAGGGAGGCUCUGCCCCUCGCAUGCACUGCAACGCAGAAGGUGACUGGAUGGUGCCGGUGGGCGGGUGCAUCUGUGAAGAGGGAUACGAGCCCAGUCAAAACGGAUCUGCCUGCUUAGCAUGUCAGGUGGGGUACUUUAAGUCGGUGUUGGGUUCGGUUCCGUGUUCAGUGUGUCCGUCUAACAGCAGAACCAGUCAGGAGGGAUCGCGUGUUUGUGAGUGUCGCAGCGGCUUCUACAGAGCACCCGCCGACAUCAACUCCUCCGCCUGCACAAGCUCUCCCUCUGCUCCGACCUCUGUCUCCUGGGAGUAUGAGGGUGGUGACGGUGGGGUGUCUCUGCGCUGGCGCCCUCCAGUGGACAUGGGUGGUCGUAGCGAGGUGUCGUACGGGGUGAUGUGUAAGAUCUGUCCCUCGGCCACCUUCACCGCCCCGGGGGCGUGCUCUUGGUGUGGGGAGGCGGUCACCUUCACCCCAUCCCAGACUGGCAUCAAGCAGACCAAGGUCACCCUCAACAACCUGCUCACCAGAGUCACCUACCUUAUACAGGUACAAGCGGUCAAUGAUGUCUCAGUUCUAAGUCCUUUCCCGCCUCAAUUCACCAGCAUCAAUUUCACUACGAGCCAAUCAGUGCCCUCUCCGGUCCCUAGCCUGCACCAGUUGAGUCGAGCCCCAGACUCCAUCACCCUGUCCUGGCCACAGCCCGACAGACCCAAUGGAGACAUACUGGAGUACCAGCUCAGAUACUACGACAAGGGUUCAGAUGAGGACAGUGCAGUGAGUGUGUUCAGUGAGACCAACACAGUGACUGUCAGCUCUCUGGCUUCUGGCUCCAUCUAUGCCUUCCAGAUCAGGGCCCGCAAUGAGAGGGGCUACGGCCCCUACAGUCAUACUAUCUAUUUCACUACACUGGCCCUGGGUAACUCACACUCACACAUACACACACUCACAUACACGCGCAGUCAAACACACCAUCUAAAUCUCUCUCUGUUUCUCACUUUUUCUUUCUCAGAGGAGCGUUCUAAGCAGAUCCAGAAUCGGCUCCCUCUAUUGGUCGGUUCUGUGAUGGGCGGGGCAGCCUUCCUCCUGGUCGUCGCGGCGAUAGUGGUCGUUUUUGUGUUCCGCAGUAAGAGGAGGGAGAGCCCCUACAGUGACAGACUCCAGAGGUACAUCAGCCACAAAGGGGGGGUGAAGUACUACGUGGACCCUUCCACCUAUGAGGACCCCAAUGAGGCGGUCAAGGAGUUUGCCCGUGAGAUUGACCCUGCUCACAUCAAGAUAGAAGAGGUGAUUGGUGCAGCCCAGUUUGGGGAGGUGUCUCGGGGGCGGUACCGGCCCCUGGGUCGUAGGGAGGUGUUAGUGGCAGUGAAGACGCUGCGCUGGGGCGUGACAGACAGAGAGAAGGCGGUGUUUAUGACCGAGGCGGGGGUGCUGGGACAGUUUGACCACCCCAACGUGCUGAAGCUGGAGGGGGUGGUCACCCGUAGCCCACCAGAGAGGAUCAUCACUGAGUUCAUGGAGAAUGGACCGCUGGAUGCCUUCCUCAGGGAGAAUGAGGACCAGUUCAGUGUUCUCCAGCUGGUAGGGAUGGUGAGGGGUGUUGGGGCUGGGAUGAGGUACCUCUCUGAGAGGAACUUUGUCCACCGGGACCUGGCUGCCAGGAACGUGCUAGUCAACUCUAACCUGGUCUGUAAGGUGUCUGACUUCGGCCUGUCGCGCCUCAUGAGGGGCCUGGACCACAACAUGCCCACCUACACUGCCUCACUGGGCAGUAAGAUUCCUGUCAGGUGGACAGCCCCGGAGGCCUUCCAGCAUCGCAAGUUCAGCUCAGCUAGUGAUGUCUGGAGCUUCGGAGUGCUCAUGUGGGAAGUGAUGUCAUAUGGCGAGCGGCCAUACUGGGACAUGAGCAAUCAGGAAGUAAUGAAGGCUGUAGCGGACCAGUACCGUCUCCCAGCCCCCCAUAACUGUCCUCCAGCACUCCACUCCCUGAUGCUGCAGUGUUGGCAGGCUGACAGGGGCGACCGGCUAGGCUUCGACUCCCUCCUCUCCUCCCUGGACAGGCUCAUACGACACCCUGCCUCCCUCAAGGCAGAGCAUCCCCACUCCACCCAGCCACUGCUGAGCCCCACCCCCACAGACCUGUCGUCGGUGGCGACGGUCAGUGAGUGGCUGACAGCGUUGAGGAUGGACAGGUAUAAGGACCAGUUUGAGAGGGCGCAUCUGGACACACUGGACAGAGUCAGCAGGCUAACCAUGGAGGAUGUGCAGAACCUGGGGGUGAACCUGUUGGGACACCAGAGGAAGAUCACCAACGCAGCCCAGCAGCUCAGAACCCACCUCACCCAGGGCCAGGUGGAGGUCUAGAACCCACCAAUCACCUGAGAGCUACACAGGAAGUAACAGAGAGGUGCACUAUUGGAGCUGUAGUCCAAGGCAAAGCAGGAUCUGGGAGGAGAGUCGCUGAGGAGGAACAGAGAGAUUUGAGGGGGAAAAGUCUUAAAAUAUGGGUUUUAUUUCACUUGUUUGCUGUUGUUUACAUUCUCUCUCUCUCUUUGCCGGUCUCUACCUCUCUCUUCCUCCUCUCUUUCUCUCACUUCUCCCACGUUGUCU